AUGGGCAAACAAUUGUUUGUCCUCGGGGCCCUCUGCGGCCUCGCCCAGGUCCCCCUCGGCCUCGCCGACGUGCCCGACCGGGACUGCUUCGUCGGCUCGCCGCCGCUCUGCAACAACUCGCUCGCGUCGGACACGGCGUGCCGCGGCCUCGAGGUGACGACCAUUGACGGCUGGAAACGCAUGGACUGCGACUACGUCGUCUACAACGUGCCGACCGAGGCGCGCGACACCAAGAAAUGGAUCGUCAUCCACUCGGGCGGCUGCGACACCAACACGGGCGAGAUUGGCGACUUUUUCGCCGUCAGCCUCGGCCUCAACCUCUUUGGCCUGCGGCCCUGCGGCGGCUUCGCCGACAGCCUCUGCGCCUCGCGUCACGACUACAGCCAGUGCAACGCCUUUCACAUCUCCUGGUACAUGCCCCAGCUGCAUCCAACCUAUGCGCCCUACGGCAUCGGCUUCAACCCGCCCGCCCUCGUCGACAUCUUCCACACGCCCGACACGCACAUGAUCUUCCUGCACGAGUACGGGUCGACCAACGAGACGUACAACUGGUUCCCCGCCAACGGCUGCAACGCGACGAGCGCGCCCCUCUACAUGUGCCUCGCCGGCAUCGACCCCGACUACGACAGCAAGUUUGCCGCCAUCAAGCGGACGCUCGAGACGGCCUUUAGCCUCGCGCCGGGCUUCCCCUGCAAGCUCGAGGUCAUCAACACCAUGCCCUACUCGCAGCCGCAGGACGCGUCCGUGCCCUGCACCGGCAUCCUCCGCGAGUACAACGACCCGGCCAAGGUCGGCGGCGACGCAAAGGCCGCGUCCAACUGGGCCUGGGAGAUGCCGGGCUUCAUGACGCAGGCCAUCCAGCUCGCGACCGAGGUGGAUCCGAACGGGCCGCUCGUCGCCGCCUUUGGCCGGGCCAUCAACAUUGCGCUGUGCCAGACCUUUGACAACGCCAAGGCCCUGAGCUGCUGCGACGGCGACACGCUCAACUAG